GUUACUCCAUAUAGGGAGAGUCUGUACUGCUUUGAUGAUGUAAUAGUUGUACUGUGCCACCAUAGGAGGUGUAUGACAGGGAAUAAAUACAUAGCUGAAGUACAGGUAGAGUCUACCUGAUCUAUUUAAACGGAUACUCACAUGGAGAACAGACAGGCUGAGGCUCCACCGUCAUAUGACUCUGUGGUGAAUGAGAACACCCCUCCACCUUCAUAUCCGAGUCUUCAGAUAUUGUCGACUACCCAAAUCCAGCCGUACAGCAUACCUCAACCAAUACCUCAAACACCUGCGCCUUGUGUAGUAGAGACAAGUCGUACUACAAUCCCGACACAGAGAAGGCAAGCUCUCUCAUACAAGAGCAAAAGGUGUUGCUAUGGAGGGUCUAGUGGUACUGUUGUUGUUGUAGUGUUGGUUGUAAUCGCCAUCUGGCUGGGAGUGCGUUAUGGGCCGUCACUGUGGGCUCUCUCCGAGAGAGAAACAGGGACAGACACAUGCCCUCCUUCCUCAGUUGACUGUGAUGGGAAGAGAGACUGUUCUCAAGGCAGUGAUGAAUCUCACUGUGUGCGGUUUGGUACAGCAAAUGAAUUGCAGGUCAUGACCUCUAAGUCCAGGCUCUUCUUUCCAGUCUGCGCACAGGGCUGGAAUAAAAACAUAGCUGAUCAAACCUGCCAACAGCUUGGCUUCAGACAGAGUCAUAUAUAUGGUGUCUUGCAAACCAACUCACCCUCCUUUCAAAGUGUGAACAGUCAGCUUACAAACACCAUCCAGGGGAGCGUUAAUUUGAGUACAUCCUGUCCUGGACAGCAGACCGUGUCCCUGAGCUGCAGCAAAUGUGGAAAGCCACCGGUCUCCACGAGGAUCAUAGGGGGAAAUGCGGCUGCUGACGGUCAGUGGCCGUGGCAGGCCAGUCUGCAUUUCAAAGGGUCUCACACGUGUGGAGGAACUCUGCUGACUCAAGACUUCAUCAUUACCGCUGCUCACUGCUUCCCCAAAGAAAAUCCCAGCUAUCAGUUGCCUAGUAACUGGAAAGUGUAUAUUGGUUUGGUGUCCCAGCUCCAGCUUCCCAUCCCAUAUUUUGUAAAGCAAAUCAUUUUACAUGAGAAAUAUGACCCUGUGACAAAAAACAAUGACAUUGCCUUGCUAAAACUCAAUAAACAGGCCAGUAAUAUACAGCCUAUCUGUCUGCCUGUGUUUGGCCAGACAUUUUCUCCUGCCCAGCAGUGCUAUACUACUGGUUUUGGAGUUACCCGGCAAGGGGCAGACAGUAGUUCCACUUCUUUGAUGGAGGUCAAAGUAGACCUGAUAGACUCAUCUGUGUGUAACUCACUUACUGUUUAUAACGGACAAAUCACUGAGAAUAUGCAGUGUGCAGGAGAUCUUAUGGGAGGGAAAGACUCCUGCCAGGGCGACAGUGGGGGUCCAUUGGUGUGUAAAGCUGGUGAUCAAUGGUUUCUCACAGGCGUAACAAGCUGGGGAGAUGGCUGUGGAAAGAAGAACCGUCCAGGGGUCUACAGUAACGUAGGGCAACUUUUAAUGUGGAUAUAUGGCAAGAUGCAGCAAGAGCGACCAUGACCUUCUGUGACCUUGAAGAACAAAUAUUCACUCUACUCUGCUGCGUACACAUCACAGAUUUGACAUUUUGCACAGAAUUAAUCUGAUUUACUGAAAUAUGUUUUCUUUUCUUUUUUUAUGUGAAACAGUACAGAUGACAUGUACUUCUGUAGUAUAGAUUUCUGUUACAUUUUAAAUUAAUUAUUUAAAUGAUGAAGAUCCAAAGAGUCUUUAUUCCUUUUGUAAAUAAGAAGUCUUUUAUUCUGGAGAUAUGAAUGUUUAUGAAUAAAACAUUACUGUUUUAGGAACAAAUCAUUUAAGCAGUACAGUUCUCUCUGUGCAUUGUAUAUUAUGUAUUAUGUACUGAGCAGGUCAUCAUCUACUUUCUCCUAACAAUACAUGUGACAUAAAAAAGAGUUUCAAAAA